AAGGGGCGGAGCUCCGGUGGCCGUCAUGUGACGCAGUGUUUACAUCCUCAGCUGUUCAAGAGCGGCCUGGUUCGGUAUCUACGAAAUACACUGUUAUGGUACUGCAAUGCUGUACUAAGGCCCUAAUAUCCACAUUGGUGAAGUGAUACACUGUUACCAUCAUCUGCUCAUGCAUUAUCCAUUGCACACUGCAUUCUAACAUUUCGUGGGUCUGAUCUGAUUUCCUGAUACAAGAUACCAUGGGAGGAGCUGUCAGUGCUGGUGAAGACAAUGAUGAUUUAAUUGACAACUUAAAGGAGGCCCAGUACAUUCGUACUGAGAGAGUGGAACAAGCCUUCAGGGCCAUCGAUCGUGCAGAUUAUUAUUUGGAGGGAUAUAGGGACAAUGCUUAUAAGGAUUUGGCUUGGAAGCAUGGCAACAUACACCUAUCAGCACCUUGUAUCUACUCUGAAGUUAUGGAAGCACUAAAACUUAAGCCAGGAUUGUCUUUCCUGAACCUUGGCAGUGGAACUGGCUAUUUGAGUACAAUGGUGGGCUUAAUUUUAGGUCCUUUUGGGAUAAACCAUGGAGUUGAGAUUCAUGCAGAUGUGGUAGAUUAUGCCAGAGAAAAAUUGGAUAAUUUUAUUAAAAAAAGUGACAGCUUUGAUAAAUUUGAAUUCUGUGAGCCGGUCUUUGUGGUUGGGAACUGCAUAGAUGUCUUGUCAGACAAUCUUCAAUAUGAUCGUGUUUAUUGUGGAGCUGGAGUCCAAAAGGAUCAUGAGAAUUACAUGAAAAUCUUUUUGAAAGUUGGUGGAAUUCUUGUUAUGCCUAUGGAAGAUCAGCUUACACAGAUAAUACGCACAGGACAGAACACUUGGGAAACUAAAAACAUAUUGGCAGUUUCAUUUGCUCCUCUGAUCCAACCAAACCGUUCUGACUGUUUCAAGACAGAAAAUGUAAAGCUACCACCAGUAACUGUAAGAUGCCUGCAGGACUUGGCAAGAAUUUACAUUCGUCGCAAUCUUAGAAACUUGAUAAAUCAAGAGACACAGGCCAAGAACAGUCUUCAGAAGGCUGCACCUAAACGGAAACGCAAGAAGGUCCGCAGACAUAAAAUUGAUACCUACGUGUUUGUAGGCAAUCAGUUGAUACCACAGCAGUUUGACAGUGAUGAUGAAGACAAAAUGGAAGAAGAGAACAGAGAGGAGGAAGAAAAAGAGUUAAAUGAAGGUCUCAAACAGGAAGAAGCUCCUCCAAAUUUGCUUCGGGAGAGAAUUCUGAGUUUGCCACUACCGGAAUCUUUGAAAGCAUACCUGACAUUUUAUAGACAAAAGUAGCACUGAACAAAAAUAAUCUUAAGUUUUGUCCACUGAUGUGUCUGUUUGAGGUUUCAACUGUAGCAUUUUUUUCAUAUAAUCACUCCCAAAAAGCAGUUUGAAUAUAAAAAGUUCAAUGAUAAACCAUAUUACAGAUUGGUGAUUACUUUUAAUUCAUUGACUAAGGAUAACUUAUUAAGUCCCUUCACUAGCAAAGGAAAUGUUAAAAUGCUGUAUGCAUAUUUGAAAAUUCAAGCAAAUCUUCAUAUUGUACAUAUUUGUAUGAGAGUAACAUUUUGAGAAGGUGAAUGAUUUCGUAUUUUCUAAGAUGAGCUGAAAUGUAUGUUAUUUUUAAAGUUGUGUAACAUUUUAAACAUUUAAAUGGUGAGCAUCAUUCAAUAUAACUAGAUUAAUCAUAUUUGCAGGUUUACUUAAAAUGUUAACACUUCCCUUGGUUAGUCAAGCACGUGGGACAUACCAUAAAUAACAGACAUAAAGCAAUGUAUUUGUUUAACUUCAAAAGCUCUCAAUCUAAGGAAAGUUUUUUUUAUUGCAAUACAAAAAACUGUCCUCUUGGAAAAGCUUGGUUUCAAUAUAUGGAUUUAGCUGUACCAGCAGUUGUUGGUACUUGUACAACUACUUACCAGUAGCUAUUCCCACAAAUAAUAUCUGGCAGGUUCUGCAAAUGGAUAUUAAUUUCUGUUAUGUUUAGACUCAAAACCUUAUACAAUGUGCUUAUAUAGCAAUGCACUUUAGAACUCAAAAAUUUAAGCUUGCCAAGACUUUUAAACUUUUUGACAAAAACUUGUUUUGUGGCUUAUUAUUUUCUAAUUCUGUUCUUCCAGUGUUAGAAAAGUGAAAUGCUGUUACCUUUAUUGCUUUGAAAUUAUUUUGGGAUAGUAACAAAUACUUAAACAAAUACUCUGGGAUAUUAGGGAUUAUGUAGCAAAUUUGCAAAAAUGUUGAGUCAGGCAAAUACUGCAGCCAUUGAGUUGCUUACUAAAAUAUUUGCUCAUUUGCACCUCUCCUGAUUUCUUAGUUGGUGUACAGCUCAGGGAGAGGACACAGAGGGAUAUUUUCUUUAUGCCAUGUACAGUAGAUUAUUACGAUAUACCAAGGUGAUUAAUCCAUUAUGGAUUGUGAACCUGGUGAUAAAACUUGGAGUGAUAUUCAGGUAAAUAUUAGACUUUUUGUACAGACAUUGAAAUUCUUUCCCCCCCUGCACUGUCAUUUGAUCUAUUAUACAGUAGUUUAAGACAAUAGAUGUAUUUUCAUAGUUACAUAAUUUUCUGUAACUUUUUGAUCAAGAAAUAUAAAUUCCUGUUUAGAAGUGUUGCUUUUGGUGUUGGAAAUAUGGUUGGUUUCAUUUCAUACAAUUAGUAUUUUUCAGCUGAAUUACAAUUCUAUGAAAGCUCAAUUUAAAUGAAUAAGUUGCUUAUGUACAUUGAUUUGGGAAAUAUUUUGCAAUAAAAUUGAUAUUCUUGUGUUUUGGUUGUGACAGCUCUAUAAUACUUGCCUUUUGCACACUCAGAUGUAAAUUAAAGUUUAUCAUUAUAAGAAGUGCCAGCAGAAUGGCACUAAUAAAACAAACAACUCCAUUGGUACCUUUUGCAGCCAUUGGAUUGCAAGCUCUACUGUAGAUCACUAUUUAAUGCCAGAAAAUUGCAACAGUUUAUAUACAAUUCAGUCAAUUGAUGUAAAUCGUUUCCACUUUAUUUUCUAAAAAAAAAUUGUCCAAUUGGAGACUGAAUUUAUUUUAAGAACAAGGAACAUCUUCCAUGUGGCUAUGUAAUGUUUAAAACAGCUCCAUCUACAGGCGAAACUGCUGCAGAAUCGUUGCAUGAUAGGUGGGGAGAAGCAAGGAACUUCCUUUUAAAAGCUAUUUGAAUAUGUUGGAUUUUACCUCCUCAGCUGGUCAGCAUCUCAGGGCUUCUGAGGACCAGUGUGCUGCUUAGCUAAUCAUGCUCACAGGGUCCAUAUGUCGCACUGUCAGGAGCUUAAUAAAGUCUAAUGUGUGAACACACUAAGACUGUAGAAGGAAUGGUAACUACAAAUUAAUUCCCCUUUUAUUUAAUUAAGAUAAUUAUAAUAGGUAAGAAGACAAUGUCACAAUGAAAUAGUAAAUUUUCUGUGAGUCUGUAACAGUUUUAAGUUUAAAAACACCAACACCAGUUUCUUUUAUUAAUGGUGUCUUGAGUAUUUUUAAUUUUUUUAAAACUCUGCACAGACAACAUGCCAGGCUGAGUACUCGGACUGUGCACACCAGCUCACUGACGUCUUCACAGACACCUUCAACAUUUCACUGAUCCAGACUGCUGUCUCCACGUGCUUCAAAUCAGCCACCCUCAUCCUUGUACUGAGGGACUCUACACCUUCAGAACUGAACACUUACUGCCCUGUAGCACUGAUGACAAUCAUCUUGAAGUGUUUUGAACAGCUAGUUAUCUUGAAAACUCCAUUUUUGGCACACUGGACACUCACCAAUAUGCUUGCCAACAGAAUUGCUGUACAACAGAUACAUUACACCUGUCAUGCACCUAUUCCUGGCACAGCUAGAAAACAAGGAAACUUACGUCAGAAUGCUGUUUCUGGAUUUCAGUUUGCCAUUCAAUGCAACUGUCCACAUAGGUGAAUAAACUCUGACUGCACAGUUUAGAUAUACCACUGUGCAACAGGAUGCUGGACUUCAUAAACAACAGAACUCAGACAGUCAAGAUGCACAGCAGGUGCUCCCUCCCCAUCAUCCUCAACACAGGUGCCCCCCCCCCCGGCGGGCUGUAGCUGAGCCCACUGCAGUGUACUCUGCUCACACAUGACUCCAUGGCCAAACAUCUGAAUAAUCAUUCAAGAGAAAAUCUGCAGAUUGCAGAAAUCCAAGCCACAGGAAAAGAGUACAGUCGACAUUUCAGACCAAGACCUUUCAUAA